AUAGUGGUACCAAGAAAUAAUAGUGGAUAGCGUACAGAAAACUAAAUAAAAGGUGACAGACAUCUUUAAUGAAUGACCAUGAAGAAAAAAGAAGGACAUCUGUCAAAUAUAAUUCAUUAUCAACGUGUUGUAAAUACAUGAAAUAAAGUCUCAUUGCUGUAAUAUUAUAAUAGAUAACUUACAUUGAAUUUAUAGGGUGUGCAAUAUCUUAUUGAAAUCAAUUGCUUGAUGAUACAUGUGAAGAGAUUAGUAAAUUUAUCCAUAAUACAAGAAAAUUACGAGUCAUAGAAAAACGUAAAUUAUUAGAAGCACGUCGAGAUAUAUUGGAACGUCGUAUUGAACUUCAAUCAUAUGAAAAUCAAUUUUUAUCAUAUGCAUUACGAAAUUUUUUUGCUAAAGUUGAUGCACCAGGAGAUCGUAAUGAAUAUUUAUUGGUUUUAAUUGAGGGUGUGGGUGUGGGUGUGGGUGCGGGGGCGGGUGAAGUUCGAUCAGCUGCAGAUCAACUUAAUGGUGGUCAAAUGCAACCUUUAUUAACAUAUUUUGAAAAUAAUUGGCUUUCUAAUAUCAAUUUAUGGAACGUAUCCAGAUGUGAUACGCGUGCCAACAACUUAUGCGAAGGUGAGGAUAUUCAGUAA